GAUUCUUUUUCCUGAAUAUCUCCCUGAAUAAGUCACUCAUUUUGGAAAACAGAAGCGGAGCGCGUCUCUAUAAAUACCCUCCCAGCAGACAGAACUCUCAUCUGCUGCCUCCUCUCCUCCCUGCGCGUAAACUCGGCAACAUGGCUGGAACUCUCCUCCUCCUCCUCCUCCUCCUGCCUCCUCUCCUCCCUGCGAGUCAACCCAACCGAUCGUUCAGCUACAUAACUGACAUGGUGGUGAAUAACCUGCCCCUGAAGGUGGGCCACACGUUGACAAUCACCGGGAUCCCAAAGACUGGUGUUCGACGCUUCCUAAUGAACAUCGACUACGGGGCCGACAUCGCGUUCCACAUGAGCGUGUGGUUGAACACAACAUCAGUGCGCUACAAGGACUUGGUGGUCUACAACACGUACCAGGGCGGGAGAUGGAGGCAGGAGAUCAAACACGGGUUGUUCCCCUUCACACAAAAAGAGCUCUUCAAGUUCACCGUCACCCUGACCCAUGAGGAGUUCUUGGUGCUCCUGAGCGAUGGCUCUGAGGUCCACUUCCCCAACCGCCUGGGGGCGACUGAGUACAAGGACUUCUCCUUCGACAAGGGCGUCCUCAUCCGCAGCUUUGAGAUCAACUAACCCUGAGCUGGAUCUCCUCCUUCAGUCUGGUGGCCUCUCCUCACAG